AUGUCUAGACUACCCUGUGGGUCUUUGUCGGAUCGAGAUGAUGCACGAGUCAACCCAUCCGCUGAGAAACCGCCGUCGACGGGGCUUCUGGCGAAGGCAAUCAGCAACAAGUCUCCUGCGGACAUCGGGUUUCAGUUGCCAUUUUCAUCUGCGUUUGUUGUACAUGCAGCAACUCAGGAAAUUGGACUGGGGUACACUGGAAGACAACAUGCACUAGACAACCACGAAUGGGUUUACACCAAGCAGGUAAAGCUUGCCGUAUUCUAUGCUCUGUCUGGAAGCUGUCCUCUGACUUGUCGUCACGAAAAGCCGAACGAUGAAAAAGAACAGGAUCGACUGGACUUGACUCAUCAUAUCCACCGGCUGCUGCUUGACGGUGAACUACACCUUGCACCGAUCAAGAAUCCCAGGAGGGUGCUCGAUAUUGGCACCGGCACCGGUAUUUGGGCUAUUGACUUUGCCGAAAGUAAUGGGAAACGACCUGAGUCCCAUCCAGCCAGCCUGGCUCCACCAAACUGCCGAUUCGAAAUCGACGACUACGAACAGGACUGGCACUAUUCCCUCCCCUUUGACUACAUCCAUGCUCGAGACCUCGACGGAUCUGUGAAGGACUACGACCGACUCUUCAGCCAGGCGUAUCGAAAUCUUGCACCUGGCGGCUAUUUCGAGAUAGUAUCGAUUCACCUCAUCACGACGUCGGAUGAUGGUACACAUCUGAAUGCCAAGAACUUUGUCGAGAACCACGAGCUGAUCUACGAGGCUUCUAGGAAGUUCGGGAAAGUUCUUAAAACCGGACCCGAGUGGAAGGAUAAGCUUAUCAAGGCUGGUUUUGUGGAUGUUCAUGAGAAGAUUUCCAAGGUCCCCCAGAGUCCCUGGCCCAAGGACCCUAAGCUCAAGGAGAUCGGUCGUUAUCACCAGGUGAACGUGCUGGAAGGCGUGGCUCCGUACACGUACGCUCUAUUCACCCGUGUGCUGGGUUGGGAGAGGGCGGAGAUUGAAGUCUUCCUUGCCAACGUGCGGAAGGAGGUGAAGGACCUGUCGAAUCACAUAUAUACGAAGCAGCGCAUUGUAUACGGGCGGAAGCCGGAAGAGAAGUGA